CCACUGGGGCUAGAGCCGCUGCUCUGAAUCGCUCAUCCCGCCUGGUAGCCCCUCCGCCAAGAGCCCGGCGCCGGCCGGGGGCCCGCCGCCAUGACGGGCAGUAAUAUGUCUGAUGCUCUUGCAAAUGCAGUAUGUGAACGCUGCCAGACUCGAUUUGAUCCUGCAGAGAGGAUUGUAAACAGCAACGGGGAGCUCUAUCAUGAAAACUGCUUUGUCUGUGCUCAGUGUUUUCGUCAGUUCCCAGAUGGACUUUUUUAUGAGUUUGAAGGUCGUAAGUACUGUGAGCAUGACUUUCAGAUGCUGUUUGCUCCUUGCUGCGGUGAAUGUGGUGAGUUCAUUAUUGGGCGUGUUAUCAAGGCAAUGAACAAUAAUUGGCACCCAGAAUGUUUCCGCUGUGAGCUCUGUGAUGUAGCACUUGCUGACCUGGGUUUUGUGAAGAAUGCUGGGAGGCAUCUAUGCAGGCCGUGCCAUAACCGUGAAAAAGCUAAGGGACUGGGCAAGUACAUCUGUCAGAAGUGCCACUUGAUAAUUGAUGAGCAGCCUCUGAUGUUUAGGAAUGAUUCCUACCAUCCGGAUCACUUCAACUGCACCCACUGUGGGAAGGAGCUGACUGCUGAGGCCCGGGAACUGAAAGGAGAACUGUAUUGCCUGCCCUGCCACGACAAGAUGGGAAUCCCCAUCUGUGGAGCCUGCCGCAGGCCCAUUGAGGGACGAGUGGUCAAUGCUCUGGGAAAGCAGUGGCAUGUUGAGCAUUUUGUUUGUGCCAAAUGUGAGAAGCCAUUCUUGGGGCACCGACACUAUGAGAAAAAAGGACUGGCUUAUUGUGAAACUCACUACAACCAGCUCUUUGGAGAUGUCUGCUACAACUGCAGCCACGUGAUAGAGGGAGAUGUGGUAUCAGCUCUUAACAAGGCCUGGUGUGUGAAUUGCUUCUCCUGCUCCACCUGCAACAUCAAGCUUACACUGAAGAAUAAGUUUGUGGAGUUUGACAUGAAGCCUGUAUGCAAGAAGUGCUAUGAGAAAUUCCCUCUGGAGCUGAAAAAACGUCUGAAGAAGUUGUCAGAGCUGGCAUCCAAGAAAGCACAUCCCAAAGCUCUGGAUUUAAAUUCUGCUUGAACAGGUCUGUCAGUCUACUGGCUGCACUCAUACAGUCAAGCUGCUGCACACAGCAGCUGUUGAUUACAGAGGCAGUUACUAAGAACAAGUGAAACCAAAGAUAAGUUGUACCUUCCCCUGCUUCUGGUAAUGUAGCUUGCAUCUUUACUGUCCCUUUUCUCAAGCAGUUGUCUAAUAACACUGGCAGAAAGAGGAAUUCUGCUUAAGCAAUUUACAGGCUGGUUAUUAAUUGCUAAUAACAACUUCCUCUGCCCUUGUUGAAUUGUACACAGUCUUUCCUCAACUGAACUGUAGUUCUCUCUCAAUUCCUUUGCAGUCUAAGGGAUUUGGAAACGGUGUUUGAGUGGAGAGGUGGAAGAAAUAUGUGAUUUGCUCUUUUUCAGUUAAACAUUUCUCCUCUUAUCCUGGGUGAAGAUAUUUUUAAUUUUUGUUAUAUAUAGGCAAAUAUUCUGAAAGAUGUACUCUUUGCUACAUGCAAAAUGUCCUUGUCUUUUUCCAGAUUCGUACUGAGCAUAUAUGGAUGCUGUACAGUUGUCCUGGUUUGCAGGUUUACUGGGAAAGCCCAGGAACCAAUAGUUACAGCAUCUGCACUGCCUGCUUGUCUGGCUUAGAUCCAAUGUUAAGACAGCUGAAGAAGUUUGCUUUGCUGCUUCCCAGUUCAGUACUAAGAUUUCAGUUGUCAAGGCCAUGUCAGUCUCUUCAGAAUAGUUGGGUUCUCCUUAAGGAAGAGGUGACUAUGGGUUAACGAAAGACUUUGUUAGAAACCGACCCUGAAAUUUUCUCAGUUUGUUCUCUACUACUACAUCAGUACUAGAGCUUCUAGUGGUCAACAGAAAGCAUGUCCGAUCCACUGGCGUAGCUGACAUUUCUUGAGGCAAUGUGGCUGAAGCCUUGGUUAUUCUUUUGUAUAAUUCAAUCAAAUUGAUAAUAUGGUACCAAUAUAAGCACUUUAGUUUCCCUAUCCUUCUCACUUUAUUUGAAAGAUGAGUAAACACUUCUUGGUCAUGCUCCAGAAAGUCCAAUUACAUAAUAUUUAGUUUGUAGAAAAUGUGGUCUUAUGUAGAAAAAAAACCAGGAAGUAUUUUUCUUAAAAUUUUCACCCAAAUAAGUUUCCCAUCAUGUUUCUUCUUAAGACCUGAGUUUACUUAAAGAGAGGACCUCGGACAUUAAUCUGUAUAUCUUAAGCAUGUAGUUCUGCUCUAUAGCUUUGCCUACCAUUGGUGAAGUUUCACUGGUCCUAAUGUCUCUGCUAGUACAGCCCAAGGUGCUGAGAAAUUUACUGGGUUUCAACAUUCUUGUUAUAUCUUCAGGGGUGAGCCGUCAGCAUUGCUGUUCCUGAGUCCACCUGUGUGUGUUAUAAUCAUGGUGAGCUUCUGACACCUCUGGAGGUGUCCCUCAUAGUUUCUUGUGCUGAACUGAGCUGAGCAACCUGAAAAUCCAUUUCCCUAAAUAGUUGAAGACUGUGUCUGCCCUUUUGUGAGGUGGACAGGAUGAAACACGCUGGAGGAUGGCUGUCCCUUGCAUGAUCUAAAUCUUCCAUAAAGUGGCUAGUUCAGUAGGUCAAGUGAACACAGCAGUUGGGCCUAGGCACCACCCUGCAGCCCCAGAUGAAUUAGCUAGCAAGAAGUUAAAGCUUCCUCACUUCUUCUAUGUGUGAGCUGCAACUGGAUUGGGGAAAUAAUCUACCUUAAAAUUGUCCUCACUGCCAUCUAAACAAGCUAAAGCAUUGAUAGCUUUUAUCAUGCUUGCUGUAGCUACUACCCAUGAGACUGCACCAGUGAUAUCACAGCAGUGGUGGAAAAUCCUGGUUUACUGUGUGCAGAUAAGAAUCCCACAGGCAAGACCAUCUCUUACUUACUGGCUUUGCUAAUUCAAUUCCCUUCAGCUGCUUUGCUUUUUGUUGCUGUAAGUUACCAUAAACUUUUAACUGGGGUACACUGCAUCCGCUAUAACACUGAUGAGGGAAGGGAUAGGCCUAAUUUUAACAGUAGAACUCUUCCAUCUUCUUCUGACCAAUAUGCACUGUAGGUUACAGUAAUCGUAGCUGCUUUUGUCACUGCUUUAAAACACGUGGCUAGUCACUGUUGUCUCACCAGCCUUUAAAUGGCCUUUUAGUUAAGGGCACAAAGAGCAGCAUGUCUUUUGGUGUAGUAGUAUGUGGCCACUGCAAAGACUGGUCUUGUAAGCCUGUUCUUUGGCAUUUUUUUUCACAGCAUAAAUCAAGGACUACUGAUCCAUGUGCAGUUCAGUAUGUUAGGCAGAUUCUUCUCAGCAUAAAGCAUUCAGGUCUGUUCCUAUAAUCUUAGCCACAGCUAAUGCUAAAUCUGAGCAUCUGUGUAUCUUCAGCCUUCUGAGAAGAUGGUGGAGGAACACACAGCCACAUAGCUACUGGUAAAUAUGGAAAGACUAUGUAACUAGCAGGGAGUAUUCUUUCAGUGGCCACUUUCAAGUUCAGCAAUGGAAAAUGCAUGUAUUUAGAGGUGAAUGGAAUUAACUUUUGUACUGCAAGUAGAAACUUAGUGUGUGCUCUUGAAUUUCUAACAUGAGACAACACAGUAGACCUAGUAAACUUCAGUGUUCAAAGGACAGUUGAUACCAUUCUUUUUGAUAACCUGUUCAGUUCUCUAGGAUUUGUCUUAUGUCCUUAUCUUCAGAGUAUUUCCCAAAAUUAUGGAGGGGGGGGGAAAUCAUUAUAAUCCCUUAUCUCUGUAUUAGCAGCGGGUCAUGUUCUUUUAGUAUCUCUUAAAUUAUUAAUUUUUUACAAUUAUUUUUCUUUUACUCCUGCUGCCCGUAGUCUGCGAUGUGCAGAGUUACAGUAGUGAAUAUUACUGACGUACCUUCUGUGGGUAAGUGGAACAGUGGAAUUGAAGAAGUAGGAGAAAUAACUAUUAAUAGUUUAAAUAAAUGCAUCUUCCUAUAGUCCUUUAAGUCCACUUUUUAAAAACUAAGUAGAAUAUAAUGCAGACUUAAUGACUUCUUAGUGUGUUGAUGGUGGAUAGGUUGGGGGUUUUUUGGGUUGUUUGGUUUCGUUUGGGGGUUUUUUUGUGUUUGUUUUUUUUUUUUUUUAAAUAAAGUCAAGAUCUCACUCAGAAUUAAGCUGCAUGCAUUUUUCCAUUGCUGUAAAUAGACAAGCUGGCCAAAUUCAUCCUAGGUAUCACACCACUGGAGAAUAUAGAUUUUUAUCGAGGUUGAACUUGGCUCAGAAGUCUACACUUACCAAAAGCUGUUGUCUCAUUAUAUAUAUUUAUAGUUUACAUUCAUAUUUAUACAUACUGAAUUAAAAUCACUAAUAUUCACUGAGUACACUUGAAAAUGGUUUUGCUUUCAGAAACCACAGUAUAUGAAGCUUUUUUUAUACUCAAAGGGUAUGCUAAUCACUUGUAAUCUUUCUUUGUGGCAACCUAAUCUGCCCUCAGAGGUUUGGAUCCUGAUCUUUAUUUUACAGCAAUCUGUGCAAUGUAGGCAAAUAUUGUUCAAUCUUCUGUACAGGGAGUUUCUAGAUGUUGCAUGUUUUGUAUUAGAUUAUGUGACUGACACCUUUUUAAUAAGUGGUUGAAUGGUGAAGGUAUAGAUUGCAGGCAAAUGUAAUAAGUGCAGCUGUACUAGUCUGUAAAGCACUAUUAAGUGCUGAGGAUGGUAUAGACUGAGUAAAACAACUAGCAGCUACUUGCCUUGGUUCAGGCCUUGAUGAGCAGUGUGGAUUCUGUAGCAUGCGGAGCUCUCAUUUUAUUACACAGUGCUUGUUCUUUCUAACCAAAACAUGUGAUUGUGGAUUGAAAUGUUACAUUACUGUACCUUUUUAUGUUCCUGUAAUAAAGUUAACUAAUACAUUUUUAAA